AUGUCCUCAGAGCUGAAGGUACUUUCGCCGAACGUCCACUACACGGACGAACACAUCGAGGUGGACUACCAGUACCAAACGACCACCGUAGUGAGCAGCGGCCCAAGCGGAUACACGGUGAAACCUGAAACUACCGAGUUGAACAUCCGCACCGGACGAAAUGUCCCGCGCAUGGGGCUGAUGCUGGUCGGCUGGGGCGGCAACAACGGCUCGACGCUGACGGCUGCGCUCGAGGCGAACAAGCACAGCCUGGAAUGGCGCACGCGCCAGGGCGUCCAGCAGGCGAACUGGUACGGCUCGAUCACGCAGUCGUCGACGGUGCUGCUCGGGUCGGACGCCACCGGCCAGGAUGUGUACAUCCCGAUGAACCAGCUGGUGCCGAUGGUCAACCCGAACGAUAUCGUCGUCGAUGGGUGGGACAUUAGCUCGCUCAACAUCGGGGAGGCGAUGAAGCGGGCGCAGGUGCUGGAGGUCGGGCUGCAGGAUCAGGUGUACAAGCGGUUGGCGCAGCUGCGCCCAAGGGCCUCGAUCUACGAUCCCGACUUCAUUGCGGCCAACCAGGCGGACCGGGCGGACAACACGAUCAAGGGCACGCGGUACGAGCAGUACCAGCAGAUCGUGCGGGACAUUCGCGAGUUCAAGCAGCAGUCGGGCGUGGACAAGGUGGUCAUCCUGUGGACGGCAAAUACGGAGCGGUUCGCCGAGGUGAAGGAAGGCGUCAACACGACGAUGGCGGAUCUGGAGCGCUCGCUCAAGCAGAACCAUUCGGAGAUUUCGCCCUCGACGAUCUUCGCCAUGGCUGCUAUUGCUGAGAAUUGCAUCUACAUCAACGGGUCGCCCCAGAACACGUUCGUGCCCGGCGUGAUCGAGAUGGCGGAGCACUACGGUGCGUUCAUUGCCGGCGAUGACUUCAAGUCGGGCCAGACCAAGCUGAAGUCGGUGCUGGUGGACUUCCUGGUGUCGGCCGGCAUCAAGCCCGUCUCGAUCGUGAGCUACAACCAUCUCGGCAACAACGACGGCAAGAAUCUCUCGGCCCCGCAGCAGUUCCGCUCGAAGGAGAUCUCCAAGAGCAACGUGGUGGACGAUAUGGUCGCAUCCAACCACAUCCUGUACGGUGCGGACGAACAUCCGGACCACUGCGUGGUGAUCAAGUACGUGCCGUACGUCGGCGACAGCAAGCGCGCGAUGGACGAGUACACGAGCCAGAUCAUGCUCGGUGGUCACAACACGCUGGUCAUCCACAAUACCUGCGAGGACUCGCUGCUCGCCACCCCGCUCAUCCUCGAUCUGGCCAUACUGGGUGAGCUGUGCUCGCGCAUUCAGAUUCGCCGCAAGGACGCCGCGGCCGGCGGUGAGUACCUACCCUUCCGGUCGGUACUGUCGCUGCUGAGCUAUCUGUGCAAGGCGCCGCUAGUGCCGCAGGGUACGCCCGUGGUCAAUUCGCUCUUCCGCCAGCGAACGGCAAUCGAGAACAUUCUGCGUGCGUGCGUCGGUCUGCCGCCGCUCAGCCACAUGACGCUGGAGCACCGUUUCGAUCUGCCGGUCGGGGAGAGCCAACCGGACGUGCAGCAGCAUGUAGCGAAGAAGGCACGCGUCGCCAACGGCACCGCGGAGAAGUGCAAUGGCGUGCACAAUGGAGACGCUCAUCCUUCGGAGGAAGUUGCCAGCCGCUAAGCGGAGGAGAGCGUGCUUAGUGCAACACUAUUUUUUUUUGUCGAGACGCAUUACGUAUGAUGCGCAACUAUUAACCCCACCCACCCCCUUUUAUCCCCGAUCCCGCCAAACGCAUGAAUGGUUUCAUUUUGCAUAAAGAGAUCCCCAUUAUUGAUAGCUAUACCAAGGGUUGUAUAGAGUGUUUAAUGAUUGGUGGCAGCGUAUUCUACGAACUCUGUUUUUUUUCAUCCCCAAGAAAUAUAUGCCUCAUUGCUUUCUUUGCAGUGUGAGCCGAUCCUUUCCUUCUCCACUCCACCCCAAAGUUUCUGAUUCAGGAAAUGUAUUAAAAGUGCAAAACCGCAAAAGAACUGAGCUGAAUGUGUGCCACAAGGCAGCCAAAUUGUGACAAAACAGACAGGCCGAUACCGAUACCCAUUUGCGCGGGGUAUCCAGUGGUACCAACCUAUUUCCUUUCCCAUUUGGAAGUUUAUUCAACCGCUUAGUGGUAAGAAUUCGUAAACAUAUACUAUGUAAGCGUUUAUGAAGAAAAAGAAAAUAAAGCUAUAUGUUAAUAAUGUGAA